AUGGUCAAAGCUAUCGGUAUCGAUCUCGGCACGACCUACUCUUGCGUCGGCGUCUGGCAAAACGACCGUGUCGAAAUCAUUGCAAACGAUCAGGGAAACAGGACAACGCCAUCCUAUGUUUCCUUUUCUGAUACCGAGCGUCUCAUUGGAGACGCCGCAAAGAAUCAGACUGCGCUGAACCCCCACAAUACCGUCUUCGAUGCUAAGCGUCUCAUCGGUCGUAAAUUCGACGAUGCAGAGGUUCAGAGCGACAUCAAGCACUUCCCCUUCAAGGUCAUCAACAAGGGUGGCAAGCCCGUCAUCCAAGUCGAAUACCGUGGCGAGCAAAAGGAAUUCACUCCUGAAGAAAUCUCGUCCAUGGUCCUCCUCAAGAUGAAGGAGACGGCAGAGUCGUACCUUGGCGGCACCGUCAAGGACGCCGUCGUCACCGUCCCUGCCUACUUCAACGACUCGCAACGUCAAGCUACCAAGGACGCUGGUGUCAUUGCCGGUCUCAACGUCCUCCGUAUCAUCAACGAACCCACCGCUGCCGCCAUCGCCUACGGUCUCGACAAAAAGGUCGAGGGUGAGCGCAACGUCCUCAUCUUCGAUCUUGGUGGUGGAACAUUCGAUGUCUCCCUCCUGACCAUCGAGGAAGGUAUCUUCGAAGUCAAGGCCACCGCUGGUGACACCCAUCUUGGUGGUGAGGACUUUGACAACCGACUCGUCAACUUCUUCGUCCAAGAAUUCAAGCGCAAGCACAAGAAGGAUCUCUCUUCGAAUGCUCGUGCCCUCCGCCGUCUUCGUACCGCUUGCGAGCGUGCGAAGCGCACUCUCUCCUCGGCCGCCCAGACCACCAUUGAAAUCGAUUCGCUCUUCGAGGGUAUCGACUUUUACACCUCCAUCACACGUGCUCGUUUCGAGGAACUCUGCCAGGAUCUCUUCCGUGGUACCCUCGAGCCCGUUGAAAAGGUCUUGAGAGACUCGAAGAUUGACAAGUCAAACGUCCACGAAAUCGUCCUCGUCGGUGGAUCGACCCGUAUCCCACGUAUCAUCAAGCUCGUCUCCGACUUCUUCAAUGGCAAGGAGCCCAACAAGAGCAUCAACCCCGACGAGGCUGUCGCAUACGGUGCCGCUGUCCAGGCUGCCAUUCUCUCGGGUGACACCUCUGAGAAGACCCAGGAGAUCCUCUUGCUCGAUGUCGCUCCACUCUCCACUGGUAUCGAGACCGCCGGUGGUGUCAUGACUCCCCUCAUCAAGCGCAACACCACCGUCCCAACCAAAAAGUCGGAAAUCUUCUCGACCUACUCCGACAAUCAGCCUGGUGUGCUCAUUCAAGUCUACGAGGGUGAGCGUGCACGCACCAAGGAUAACAACCUUCUCGGCAAGUUUGAGCUUUCCGGAAUUCCUCCCGCGCCACGUGGUGUCCCGCAGAUCGAGGUUACCUUUGACAUUGACGCCAACGGUAUCCUGAACGUGUCUGCGGCCGACAAGACGACUGGCAAGUCGAACCGCAUCACCAUCACCAACGAUAAGGGUCGUCUCUCCAAGGAGGAGAUUGAGCGCAUGGUCAACGACGCUGAGAAGUACCGACAAGAAGAUGAAGCGGCCGCGGCGCGUAUCUCUGCAAAGAACGGCCUCGAGUCGUACACAUACUCUCUCCGCAACACGACCACCGACGACAAGCUCGCCGACAAGUUUGAUGCGGCCGACAAGAAGAAGCUCGAGGACGCCAUCAACGAGACGAUCAAGUGGCUCGACGCUUCGCAAGAGGCCUCGAAAGAGGAAUACGAGGAGAAGCAAAAGGAGCUCGAGAGCAUUGCAAACCCGAUCAUGCAACGCUUCUACGGUGCUGGCGGCGCGGCUGGUGGCGCUCCAGGCGGCUUCCCAGGUGCAGCUCCCGGUGCUGGCGGUCCCCCAGGCGGCUUCUCGAACGAUGGUCCUUCCGUCGAAGAGGUCGACUAA